AUGCGCCUCGACGUUUGCGACACGCCACGCCUCUGUCCCCCUCCUUCCUCUCUCUCUCCUGCCCCUGCUCGCACACGCACCGGCCGCCCGAAAGCUCCAGUGAGCGAGCUCACACGUGCGGCGUCUCUGACCCCUCCCCGCUCUCUCUCUUCAGUCCUCUCGCCCAGAACCAACCCCACAAGCACCCCAGACACCUCUUUGCGAGUCCCCGUGACCCGUAGCAACCGCAAGAGGCUCGCCGGCGCACGGGUCCUCGGUGGACCGUCGCCCGCCUAUUUAAGGGCCUCCCCGUGCUCUCCUCUCCUCACCACUCACCCUCUGCACUACCAAAUCAUCCCCCGCACCCCUAGUUCUUCUCCAGAGCCGCCCGAGCUCGAGAUCGAGCUCGAGCUCCGCCGCUUCGGCUCGCCAGAGUUCGCGACUCGGAAACGGCCGGAACCACCGCCACCCGAAGCUCCUCCGCUGCGUGACCUCAUUGCCGGUGAACUAGGCCACCCCGGCGACCAACUCCACCUCCACCCGAACGGCGACACGACGCUGAGCCCAACCGCUCCCUGGCCCGACCUUGUCGUGCCCUGCAUCGUCGCCGAUUGCGCUGCUGACGAAGGAGUUGGACCAGAAGACUUUGAAGACCCUGAAGACUUUGCUGAGCCAGGAAAGCAGCCCUUUGACCAUGUCUAA